AUGAUUCAGAUUCCUACUAGGGUUUUCGCUUGGAACAGUGGCUCGGCUCGUGAGAGACGACGGCGGUGUCGUCGCUUCGUGAUCACCGCGGUGGAACCGUCGACGGAGCACGAGCACGGUGGUGGUCGUUCGGGGGCGCAGUGUCGCGUGUGCCAAUUGGAACGACUAUUAAACCUGGCGGGCAACCUGGCUCGGUCUCCCGUGGCUGUGGGUGGUAGCGGCGGCGGGGGUGGCGGUGCCAACGGUGCCGGUAACAGUGGUAACAAUGGGGGUGACGGUGCACGUGGUGGUAGAGACCCGGCUGCCAUACCCGCCGUGUGUAACGUUCGUCGUCGCGAAACAGACGGUCCACAGAUAAUCGAAUGGGAAGAAACCGAUCGUUAUUCCUUCGACGACUCCGACCGCUUCGAGGAGGAUUCUCUGUGCAGCUGGAGCAGCGAGCCUGAGUCGUUGUGCAACAACUGGAGGGGAUGGCGACGACCCACUGCCGGCUUUGGCAUCGCCAAGAAGAACACCGAAGAUGGACAGACGGUGCCGACGUUGUGCGAGCUCGCGGCGCGAUGUGUCGCCUCGCAUAUACCGUUCGAGCUGGUGGAACACGUUUAUCCGCCGGUGCCGGAACAGCUUCAGCUGAGGAUAGCGUUUUGGAGCUUCCCGGACAACGAGGAAGACAUCAGGCUGUACUCGUGUUUGGCAAACGGCAGCGCGGACGAAUUUCAACGCGGCGAACACUUCUUUCGGUCGAGAUGCGUCAAAGACCCGCUGCAAAUCGGAUUUCACCUGAGCGCGACGGUGAACUCGCAGGGAGUGAUGAACGGCGUCAGGUCACAGUUCAACGUCGCAGUCACGUUCGAUCGACGGAAGAUCACAUCCUGCAACUGCACGUGCUCAUCGAAGGCCUAUUGGUGCGCUCACGUGGUCGCCGUUUGUCUUCAUAGGAUACACUUGCCGACACAGGUGUGCCUGAGAGCACCGGUUAGCGAGUCCCUGUCGCGCCUGCAUCGGGAACAACUGCAGAAGUUCGCUCAGUAUCUCAUCAGCGAGCUGCCGCAACAGAUUCUGCCGACUGCCCAACGUUUGUUGGACGAGUUGCUGUCGGUGCAACCAAGCACGAUCAACAGCUACUGCGGAGCCCCGGAUCCGACAGCAGGCGCCUCGGCACACGACCAGACGUCCUGGUACUUAGACGAGAAGACCCUGCACGACAACAUCAAGAAGAUCCUGAUCAAGUUCUGCGUUCCCGCACCCAUCGUCUUCAGCGACGUUAAUUACUUGAGUACCACUGCGCCUCCAGCAGCGGCCGAAUGGUCCUCGCUGCUACGUCCACUACGAGGUCGCGAGCCGGAGGGCAUGUGGAACUUGCUGUCGAUCGUACGUGAGAUGUUCAAGAGAACCGAUCGCAACGCGAUCCCUCUGUUGGAGAUCAUCACCGAGGAGUGCAUGGCAUGCGAGCAGAUUCUCGUCUGGUGGUUCAACACGAAGGUCGCACUGUUGAACGGGACAGGAUACGGUGGCAAGCAUAACAUGAACAGCAACGUGCACGCCUCGCAGCACGCGUGUUCGUCCCUUUGCGACGAGAUCGUGGUCCUCUGGCGGUUGGCCGCAUUGAACCCGGGGCUGUCGCCGUCCGAGCGGGAGAUGUUGCAUGGCCAGUUCACCGCUUGGCACAUGAAGAUCAUCGACAAAGUGACGAAGACCCGCGGGAGUUCGGUCACGCACAACUCGCACAACAGGAACAACGGCAGCGGGCACAAAGACUCGUUAAAAAACGAUCUGGCCGUGUUCACUGGGUUCAAGUCAGCGCUCGAGGCUUGUUACCUCGACUGGGAGGAAUACACGCUGCCGGGCAUUACGUACACAGCUGGCAGCAAUCCGAUGUACCAUUGCCCGUUCACAUGCUUCAGGCACGCGGGCGAUACAAGAACCGAGGUGAAUCAGGUGAAUUCUAGCGCGGCUGUUUUGAACUGCCAACCGCCCUCGUCGAUUUCCCAUCACCACUGUCGACGUCCGCUGAGCUCCGGCCUGGUGGAGUUCAGUUACAUGGACAGGCGACGAUUAAACCCGCGAGAGUGUUCGGGACUGUGUUCGCGAGGCGGUGGCGGCGAUGGAAACCGGAGCAGCGUCAGCUCCGAGGGUUUCUGCGAAAACGAGACCGACAUGCCGGAAAUCGCCGAGCGACCGAUGGUACUGGUCAGAAGGUCUUGCGGUCAAUUGAACGCGUGCGGGGAUACGGAUUCACAAGAAGGCGGGGGCAGCGAGUCCUCGUCGAACAGUAACGAAAGUCUGAAGAACGCUCAAGAAUCGGACAAGCAUCGCUCAAACGCCUCGUCCGAAACCCAUAGUGAUAGUAGUGAUAGUAGUAAUAACAAGGCUAGCGAAGCGAAAUGCAGCAGGACGAAUCUCGACUACCGGGAAAAGGCGAGAACGGUAAUGCCGAAGGUGAGCAGCUCGAAGAGCGAGCAGGAGAGUGACCAGGAGAAGGAUGCCUCCAGGAGGCCGUCUAAGGACGAGAGCUCGUCGUCGAGCAGCGACAGCCCGUCUGGCGACGAGUACCACGUUUAUUAUUAUGAUCCGAAGGCUGUUGUGAACGCGAACGGCACCGCGAGCAAAGACUCUAAGAACGAGCCGCAAUCCUCGUCCACCGUCAAUGCAAGUACGGUCCUGGGCAACUUGAUGAAAACCGAGGAUCCUUGGGACAUACUGUUCGCCAGGGCGGAAGGACUCUACGCCCAUGGGCACACCAGAGAAGCUUGCAUCCUCGGCGUUCAACUCGCCGAAGAGCUGCUGGCGAACCCGCCGAAUCUUAUGAUCGACGAGCCUCCGGUGCCGGUUAAGGGGAAAAAGAAGAAGCAACAAGUGAACCCGGCUUCCCAUCAGCUCACGUGCCUUGCCUCGGCGACGUUGGCCAAGUGUUGCUUUCUGUGCACGGUGCUCGCCGAGAAUCCGGAAUACUACAACCUGGCGUUCAGGGUCGGACUGUUCGGAUUGGAGAUGGCCAGGCCGCCGGCUAACACGAAACCCCUUGAAGUGAAAUUAGCUCAUCAGGAAAGUGAACUAGUAGGAUUGUUGAAGAAAAUUCCACUUGGACCUUUGGAAUUGGCGAUGGUUCAACAGAGAGCCGAACAGUUGAAGGACGGGCUGCUCAGAUCCAGGGGUCACGCGCUGCUUCCCAUAAUGCUGGCCAGUUUCAUAUUCGACGCGCUCAAUACCUCAAGACUAAAACACCUGUCCCCAGACGUUGACGAGAACCUGGGUUUCGACGCGGCCGUUGCUGCCCUCGGCUUGAAGGCGAACGUCUGCGAGGCCGAUCAUCCUCUGCUCUGCGAGGGAACCAGACGUCAGAGAGGAGAUUUGGCCAUCACUCUACUCGUCCACUACAAGGACGAAUCCACAAAAGUGGCCAGGAUAAUGGACAAACUGUUAGAUCGGGACGUUCAUCAAUUGAUCAAGUCGCCAAUCCUCAGCAGCUACUACACCUCCAAUCCUCCGACCAACAGCGAUAUGACGAGAUACCAUCAUGACGAAGAGUGCUCAUCUCCUCUUGCCGGGACGGAUGCUGGCAAUGGUGACAGCGUUGUCGGUACCAGCAGCAGGCCUCAUAGUAGCACGAGCGCCGAGCUGGAGACUGGAAUGAGUACGCUCACGGUUCAGCCUCAGAUCGUUCAACAACCUGUACCUACUAGAACCAAGGAAACAAGAUAUAAGAGCAAGAAGAUGUCUCCGUCGAUUCCUAAUCAGCCUUCUGAAGCGGGUGCCCACUUUAUGUGCGAGUUGGCGAAGACCGUUCUCGCGAAGGCCGGUGGGAACAGCUCCACCUCCUUAUUCACGCAAGCGUCCACGAGUCAGAAUCACCACGGGCCUCACAGGGCCCUGCACAUGUGUGCGUUCCAGCUCGGUCUCUAUGCCCUGGGACUUCAUAAUUGCGUUACUCCCAACUGGCUGAGCCGCACUUACUCGAGCCACGUAUCUUGGAUAACCGGUCAGGCGAUGGAGAUCGGAGCGCCUGCCAUUUGGUUUCUCAUCGAGAGCUGGGAGGGGCACUUAACACCGCCAGAAGCUGUUGGCAUUGCCGACAAAUCGUCCAGGGGAAGUGACCCCAACAUGGUUCGAGCUGCGGCAGAACUUGCCUUGUCCUGCUUGCCGCACGCCCACGCUCUCAACCCCAACGAAGUGCAGCGCGCCAUUCUACAGUGUAAGGAACAGAGCGAUCUGAUGUUGGAAAAAGCUUGUAUCACGGUCGAGAACACCGCGAAAGGAGGCGGCGUUUAUCCAGAAGUCUUGUUCCAAGUAGCCAAAUAUUGGUAUGAGCUGUACCUCAGGCAAACUCCUGGAGGUGAGAGUCUGGACGACAUGCCACAUAAUCCUUUGGAAAUAGAUUUGAAUGGAGUGCUGCUCGUAGAAUCCGGACCUCCGGUGGAUAUGACCAGCGGACAAAUGAUGCCUGGUCCAACUCAGGCGGUCGUCGUAACCAGCACGCAACCACCGCCUCAACCAUAUCCGACGCAUCCAACUAUAACUACUUUAGCACCUUUGGGUGUUCCGGGUAUGCCGUACGCAGUCGGUCCGUACAGCUUCGUGCACCCACACCACUCAAUCCCGACGUUCGGUGGUCCGAUGCCAUCUCACAGGGUGGCUCUGCCACCAGCACCGCCGCACAUGCAGAUGUAUCAUGCGGCUUUCCCACCUCAUCCGGGCCACCCACAGCAUCCCCAGCACCCACAGCACCCUCAGCACCCGCAACACCCACAGCAUCCUCAACAUCCUCACCAUCCCGCGCAGCCGGCACAACCGCCGGCGAUGCCGCAAUACUACGCGCCCCAGCCGCCGUCGUCCCCGGGAACUCAUCAUUUGUUCACCAUGCAGCAACCUAUGCCAGUCAAUGUCCAAGCAGGAGUAGCUGGGCCGAUUCCCGGACAGAACAACAUGCCCGGCACCGCGAUGGUUCAGCCGCAGCCUAUAAUACAGCCUACGGUUCGAAAUCAGCCACAGGUACACAGGCAAACGCAGCCGUUCAGCCAGCAGCAGCUUCGAGCCCUGGUCGCGGCGUACCGCGUUGGUAUGUUAGCAUUGGAGACUCUAGCGCGCCGCGUACACGACGACAGACCUCAAGCAAAGUACGCGCGAAAUCCUCCGUAUGGGGAAGACGUUAAAUGGUUAUUGAGGGUAUCUAAACGUCUCGGCACUCAGUAUCUGCACCAGCUUUGUAUCUGCACGGUGAACAGCAUCGUCAGUCCGUUCGUCCUUCACGACGUCGCUCUCGAAGCUGCGCUUUAUCUCGCCAGGAACAAUCCGUCUCUUGUUCUUCAACAUUUAAGAUCCGCCUUCCUGGCGCCUCUCGUCCACAAGUGUCAACAAAUGUACAUUCAAUGCUUGCAUCAAAAAUUAUACCACUUGACGGCAGGGGAAUACGAAGACUUCGUUAAUGUCGUUUGCGUAGCUAGGGCAGCGUUCCACAUCACUCCGGAAGGUCACGUUCAGUUUAAGGAACGACUACAAUCUAUUAAGAGAUCUCAAUCGUGUACCAAAGAACUGUGGGCGCAGAUAAACGCGGCUCUCCAGCAGAACGGCAAAUGACACAGAGCGGAGCCAGACGUGACGUGGCUCACCUCCCUUCCCCAUCCUUUACCUCCCCCUCCCAAUCCUAUGCAGACUCCACCUGCGAUAACGACAAGCCUACUGAUGCAGCACCAGCACCAGCACCAGCACCAGCAUCAGCAUCAGCAUCCACCCUGUCAUCCCCAUCCACAGAGCACCGUAUGCGUUCACGGGCUGGCUACCCACGACAAGCUGGAACGGGAUCUUCACGGCGGCCACCGACGACGUCCGUCGAUUUUCAACAAGUGUCGGAGGACCAUGAAACCCAGGCGCGGCCGAUAAUCGCUCUUCAUCCUCGCUUAUUUCUUCGCGAACGAACAGCGACACCGACUCUGUUCGGCGACGGAUCGAUGAUAAUUUUCACCGUCUCCGCUACCGUUUCUUCGCGAAGAAAAACGAAGGAUUCGAUCCCACGGUCGAUCGGGAAUAAUAAUGAUAACUUUCUGACUUUAGUUAAUGUGUCUGAACGCGAGGAAGAGCGAGAGGAAUUCUAGAGAGAACGAGCGAGCGAGCGAGAGAACGAGAGCAUGUCGACUAUAAUUUUAAUUAAGGAUACGAUUUACGUGCGUGAACGACGAAGAGGGACGCCAGGUUUUGCAGUUGAAACACUGUCACCGACCUUUCCCUGGAAGAUCGAAGAACGAUUCCCGUGUAAUGUAACGAGACACAAGUUGUUAGUAUGCAUCUUCUUGUGUAAAAGCGCCAUUCUUCUCCUACGUUUCAGAGAAUAAAUGAAAACGAGAACAGUGAAUGAUGUAGCAAAUACACGAGAAAGAGUACGGGAAAGAAAAUUAUUAUAAGAGAUAAUGACACGCGAUACACGUUGCAUCGAUGGAUCCGUUAAUCGAAAUUUUAGGUUUCACACGAACGCGAGCGAUCUCGCCAAUGACAAGGGGACGACGAAUUCCAUUCGAAGGAUUUCUAUCGUUGCUUCGAACAAUCUCUGAAACCUCUUUGUUUUAUUUUAGUUAAGGAUCGAUCAACGUCUUUAGCCAGCAAUUAGGUAGGAAAUUUUUAUUUUUCAAUCGUAUUAUAGAUAGGAUCAAUUGUUCUCGCGUCUUAUUUUAUUUUUGUAAAACGAGAAAUAAGCAAAUUUUUAUGGUGAAUCGAUAAUAAAAAGAAACUCAUCACGUCUAUUUAUAUCGACGGAGACGACGAACGAGGUCAGAUUAACGUUUUAGAAGUGCGAUGAAUUUUACUUAUAUUACUUAAGAGAAGAGAAAACAGAAAAACGGAAGUAGGAGUACGAGAAAUGAAUUUGACGAGAAAGAAAUUUUUUUAGGAUCGACGAUUUUUACUUUUCAUAUAAACAGCUACCGACCUUGUCCGACCAUUACCACCAGCAUCACCGCAAAACCGAUCUCCCAAUUCGAUUAUUGUUUCCCCUCGACUUUCGUUUGCUACCGAUUAUAUGUUUCAGUUCUCUGACCGAACUUUCAUUCUGUUCAUUUUUAUUAAAUAUAUCAUAGACGUAUACUACACACGUUCGCAACCAUAUUCUCGUUUCUUUGUCAUCACUGACAAUCCAUAAACGAAGGUAAAUGAUCUCUGUAAUUUUUAAAUUAAAAUAAUUUCAAAUAUAAAUAAAGCAAAAUUAUAGCUGACGACACCGACGACUCCGAACUUCUCACCUUUCCACAAUGCGUUCAAUCACAGAAAUUACAAAACCAAUGACUAACAAACGGAUCUUCUUAUUUAUUUAAGAUACUUUCAGUUUUAUUUCAAACACCCUUCACAUUUAUUUGCUUUCGCGCUGUGCUUUUAUUUCUUCACCAUAUAAAUUCGAACAUUAACGACGAGCCGUUUUUCCUGCACCAUUAAUUUUGCUGAAGCGUCUGAGUAGAAAGCGACGGAAUACGAAAGACGUUACUUCAAAGGGAGAAAUGACAGUAGAUAUGGCACUGCCACUAAUUAACAAUACCGCGAUGGUGGUUACGUGAAAAGAGCAAGCAAUAUCUCAUCUGUAGCACGAAGUCCGUAUACGGGGUAAUCCUGAUUCCAUUUCCGGUUUCUUAAUUCCAGGAAGAUCUCGCCCCGUAUGUACAUAUAUGUAUAAAUAAAAAAAAAAAAUACGAUCACGGUGAGCCAGAAUUCUAGAUAGUAUAAACUGGUUCACGAGCUGCGUGUUGUUGUUCUAAGCUCAUUUCUGCGUGUGUGCGCGUUAAGACACUGGUUAAAAUGUUUGCUGUUAUCGAGAGAACAUCCCCUUGGCCAGGUUUUGCAAUCAAUUUCCUAACUCCAGUCACCUGUGUCCCGAGAAUGAUAAUCGAGUUCUAACAAACAGACUGCGGAUCUUAUGCAUAAAAUAUAAAGAAUUGUUUACCACAUAUAAAAUAUUGAAAGGUGAGUGCACAAUGUUUAAAUGAUGAAAGAAACGUCUAUCUAAAAUGCACGUUUUAAAACGAUAUUAAUUUUUCAUAAGAAUCCGCAGUCCGUUAAGAAACAGAUUUGAAGGUAAGGGAAAUUGUACUCAAGGCAGCGAACACGUUAAUGUCGAUUACCUAUUAAGCGUAGAAUCUCACUAGCCUACUUAGAGUUUAGAUUAAAAAAAAAAAAGAAUAGCCCGUUUAAACGGUUCCAUUUUUCAUGGUAGAUGGAUAGCGAAACGAGUUGUUCAGUGUCCGGCAACAAUUCGAGGCUCGUUUGUAAAAGACGGAGAAGGAAAAUACCAAAAGAAAAGAAAAAGAAAAAAAAAAAAAACGAAAUCGAACGUAGAACAGCUAGAAUCCCCUUCGACCCGCUCCAACUGCUGCGACGUUUCUUCGAGCGAAACUUGAACAAAAUUAACGUAGACUCCUUUCGUCCACUGUAAAUGCCGACUCCGAUUUCCUUUUUCCACCGUUCCUUUGUCAUUUCUCACUUGGGAAAUAGAUCACGUCCCCGUUUCACCGGAAAGGAAUUUUAGGUACUCAUCUUUCAGUUUUAGGCGAAAUGAAGGAAAAAGAAAUAUACCAGGAGGCGAUAAAGUAUAUAUUUUUACACUUGAUCGAAAAACGUGAAAGAAAUUUUCGAAAAUAAAAAGAAUAGAAGAAGAUAAAAGGGAAAGUUUCCUCUCGAUAGAAACUGAUUGUUCUCCGUGAACCGAUCUUCUACGAACGAAAAGCUACACUUAUUCGUAGAGUUAGAACGAAACGGAGGCGCAGGAUAGAAAAGAAAUCUUCGAUGUCUGUAAAUAAUCGCGGUAAUCGCCGUAGUCGCGGCUUUAGCUUCCGCGAUGCUCGAGUCACGCCAGCUUCGUAGAAAGGCGAGGGUCCGAAGAGUCGCCAGGGACUCGGUUUUCUGUAGGCCAACGGAGAUUGAUUCGCUCAAUAACUAUGUAAUUGUAUAUAUACGUCUACUCAAAGAAAAUGCAAGCUGAAGAAACGCAUACAGUUAAUAGAUAGGACAGUCAGGAUCUUCUUCUCUGAGGACACGUAAUGAGGCAGGCGAGGACCAAGAUCGGUGGUUCAACGAUCUUCGUCUGCGUCGGAUGGUCAAUAAAAUGAAUUCGAUGAAUUAGAAUGAAUAUGGACGAAGAAAGAAAGGGCUUCUACGUUCUUUACGGCGUUUAGGCUCAUUAGCAACAUUCUGUGUUCAAUCGGAAGAGAUAGAUUAGCAAGGGCACUGGUCAGGUUUUCGGGAACGCGUUCUUAGCGAUAGCUGCCUCUCGAGCGAAGAGACGCGAGGACAAGCGCUGGACCCGAUAAACGGCAUCGAUCAUUCCAUUGAAUCUGUCGCGAGUGUGAAAAACUAUGCUCUUCGCUGUUGAUCAGAUUCCAUGAUAAAUAUAAUAUAGUGUUCAUAUUCUAUUUGUAAAACAUUCUUGUGACUUGCAUUCACUCGGGCGAGGAAAAGAAGAGAAAUUUUACAUCGCGCGGAGGCGCGCGUCGUUUUCCCCCAAUCCACGUACGAGGUGAUUAAGAGGGAGCGCUCGAGAUCGAUCGAUCGACGCUACCUCGAGAAAUUAAUUGUCCUCUUUCUUUUUUAAACAGGGAUACAAUUCUACGAGGCAAGUCAUUUAGUUUCGCUGUACUUGAUUAAACGUAGAUAAUCGAUAUAUUAUAAUGUCUACUGUCAAAAUAAAUUUCGAUUUCUAAUUGCGUCCUUCGUCUGUUAUCUUUCUAUUGUAUCGAUCCACACUGAAAUACAAUCUCUGAUUUCACAAGUUAA